GAAGGCGCGCCCCGAGAGCCUCCCCGCUCCGGCCGCCACGGGGGAUGGCGCGGCGGACGCUGCCCCUUCUGCCGUGACGGGACCGCGCCGCCGCCGCCGGCCGCCUCCCCCCCGCCAGCCCCGGGCAUGCCGCUGCCUGCCCGCCCCGCUGCUCCGCCCUACCCGGACCCCGGGAUGGGCCGCGGGAGCUGAUCGGUCGGGGAGGCCGGGGGGAGCGCCGGGGAGGAUGAGCCACGUGGGGAGCCCGGUGAAAGCCUACGAUUUCCUGCUGAAAUUCCUGCUGGUGGGAGACAGCGACGUGGGCAAGGGGGAGAUCCUGGCCAGCCUGCAGGACGGGGCCACCGAGUCGCCCUACGGCUACAACAUGGGUAUAGAUUAUAAGACUACAACGAUUCUCCUGGAUGGCCGCCGAAUCAAGCUGCAGCUCUGGGAUACAUCCGGGCAAGGGAGAUUCUGCACCAUAUUUCGGUCUUACUCGAGAGGGGCUCAGGGAGUGAUACUGGUGUAUGAUAUUACAAAUCGUUGGUCGUUUGAUGGAAUCGAUCGAUGGAUAAAAGAAAUAGAUGAGCACGCUCCUGGUGUACCAAAAAUCCUGGUGGGAAAUCGCCUUCACUUGGCCUUCAAGCGCCAGGUGUCCACUGAACAAGCACAAGCCUAUGCUGAGAGGCUGGGCAUGACUUUUUUUGAAGUCAGCCCACUCUGUAAUUUCAAUAUUACGGAGUCCUUUACUGAGCUGGCAAGAAUUGUACUGAUGAGACAUGGGAUGGACAGGCUCUGGAGGCCAAACAAGGUACUGAGCCUGCAGGACCUGUGCUGCCGUGCCAUAGUCUCCUGUACCCCUGUGCAUCUCGUCGACAAGCUCCCGCUCCCCGUUGCCUUAAGAAGCCACCUCAAAUCCUUCUCCAUGGCCAAUGGCCUUAAUGCCAGGAUGAUGCACGGACGUUCCUACUCCCUCACGUCCAGCAACAUCAGUAAAAGGAACAGCUUAAAGAAAGCAAAAAUCAUCCGGCCACCGCAGAGCCCGCCCAAAAACUGUACAAGGAACAGCUGUAAAAUUUCUUAAGCACUUUGUGGGAAAAGGCACCUGGAUGGAAUCCCCUGGCAUGAAGUGUGGAACACAAGGACUCCUUGUUUAAUGGCUGAGCACACUCUAUGUACGUAUCACACUACAUAGACAAAAAUAAGAAAUAUAAGUCUUAUUUUAGAGCUUGCUCACUACAGUGAUGCUGCUUUGGAAGGAAUGACGUGUUCAGUGCAACUGGAAGGAUGGGACACCUGGCUCUUGGAUUUUUCAUACUGCAUUUUAGUUUCCAAUGUGCAUGAUGCCAUUGUUUUUAUGAGUCGAUGUGUUUUCAUAUAGGGGAUAAUUAUCAUUCUGCUUAAUUCCAUGAAAUCUGGAAAGUGACUUACCGUGUAAUUGUAUAAAACCCUGUCUUUUUGCAAAGUAUUCGAAAAGACAAAAAUGAGUCAUCGGUUUGCAUAUUCAGGCAGAGGUUUUUAAAUGCAAUGUAUUGUAUACAUUGUCCAAUUCUACAGAGUGUGACAAAUCCUAGUAAUACUGCAAUUGUGCUUUUGGGGUUUUUGUAAAGCUUCCUUGAUAACUUUGAAGCACUAACUUAACUAAGCUAAAAAUGUACAUAUAAUUAUUAUGCACAUACACAACAAGGUUCUGUCCCAUUAGUGUAUGUAAUAGAUUUGAUAAAGUUUUUGGUAUGUUAUUUAAUACUUUGGGGAAUUAAUUUGUGGUUUAAAUACUUAUUUUUCUGUAAAAAAAAAGAAUAUAAAAAUAUUACAUUUUAUAUCAUUCUACAAGGAAGUUCUAGGAGGAAAAUGCCAAAGACACUGUGGUAAAAGGAACAUGACUUAAAGAGCUGCUUUAUAAAGAAAGAACACUAUUUAAAAAUAAAUAAAUGUUUCUGGAAAAGAAA